AGUGAGAUUGUUUGGCGUAUGAUUUGGAAUCAGUUUAUGUUGCGUCGACUUGUAUUAUGUUAUUGUGAAACUUUUAAAUCUAUGGUGACUUUAAAGUAUGAGUAUUAUGUGGUAUAUUUUGUAGGCACAUCCAUAAUAUUCGAAUCUUUGGAAGGAUAUGGAGUUUGAAGUUUGCUAGAAGAAAACAAAUUUUAAGGUAGGUAGGUAUGACAUGCAUAUAUAAAAAUAUUAUACCAUUACGUAACUUGAGUUUUGUUGCCCUAAUGUUACUUGAAUCGGCAAAGGGGUAGAGCUAGUUUAUGCACAAAAGUGAAGAAGGUGAAACUCGACCACUGUAUCUAAGAGAUACAGAGAUAACAAAAAUGGUAGACAGUGUUGUUGGCUUCCUGGUGCAGAGGUUGUCACAACUACUUGAAAGUGAAAUAAAGCUCCUUUCUGGUGUGGAAGAGAAAAUAAAGUCCUUGAGUAAUGAAUUGAAGUUCAUGGAUAUCUUCAUCAAGAGCUCAGAGGGGAAGUACAAAGAUGCAGUGGUGAAAGAAGUGGUGACGCAAAUAAGAGAUGUCGCCCACAAAGCAGAAGAUGUGGUGGACACUUACAUUCUCAACAUCGCCAAACACAAACGUAGAAACAAACUGUGUCGGUUAUUCCACCUCAAAGAAAAACUCGUUGUGCCCCAUGAAGUCGAUGCUGAGAUAGAGAAGAUCAAGAGUCGUAUCGAUGAUAUUUAUUAAAACCAGGAGAGGUAUGGCAUCAAAGAAGGUGAAUUCCAAAGCGAAGAAGCAGUUUCAUCAGAAUGGCGCCGCAAAAGGAGGAUGGAUGUGGAGGAAGAAGAUGUUGUGGGCUUAGUGAAUGAGAGCGACAUUGUCAUUCAACAGCUCCAGAAAGACGAUGUGCGUCUUAAUUUUGCUUCUAUAGUCGGAAUGGGAGGAUUGGGUAAAACCACUCUUGCCCGUAAGAUCUAUAACAAGGACAAUGUGAAGAGGAUAUUUCCUUGUCGUGCAUGGGGUAACGUGUCUAACGAUUACAGGCCCAAGGAGCUUUUUCAAAGUCUCCUGAGGAGCUUAAAUCUUUCUGGAUUUGAAAAUUUAAGCGAGGAGGAUUUGAAGAAGGAGGUAGUCAAAGGGUUGAAGGGGAAGACAUAUUUGAUAGUGCUUGAUGACAUAUGGGAAACACGAGUUUGGGAUGACAUAAAAGGAGCCUUUCCAGAUGAUAAUAUAGGUAGCAGAGUGUACUAGUCGGGGGCGGACGCCCAUUUCAACACUCGUCGUCAAAGCGGUAUAUGACCGUCCGCCCAUUUCACCAUCCAAGUCAUAGGACCGUCCGCCUUUUCAACACUUGAAACCUGUGAGAUUACAUCACCAAUGACUAAUAGGGAGGAUUGAGUACGACAGGACGGGCGCCCAUGUCGCGCAGGAUGAAUAACACAUCCCAAGGCCGGCCGC